UAGAGCUGGAGGAGUGAAUAUCCUGAGUGGGGAUAAAUUGGGAUACAAGAGACAAUGGAAGACAAGGCCCUGGAGAGCUUGAAACAAGGAGAGUGUGCAGGAUCCAGGAGCGGACAGGAAACUAGCGCAGGGAUUUGAGGCAGGGCUUGUCCCAUGACUACCUUUACCUCUGUUCAUUUCAUCUCUUCCUAUUUUAUCCAGGCCCCUUUCUCUCAGAUGGGGAGAUGCCAGACAGCUGGAACACAUCUUCAGACAGCGUAGAAGCACGAACUGCAGGCAUUAUUGUGCCGGUGGUCUUCUCCCUCAUCUUCUUCGUGGGCACAGUAGGGAACUGCUUGGUGCUGGCCGUGUUGCUGCGCAAUGGACAGGUGAAAUACAACACCACCAACCUGUUCAUCCUUAACUUGGCAGUGGCGGACCUGUGCUUCAUUGUCUUCUGUGUCCCCUUCCAGGCCACCAUCUACACGCUGGAUGGAUGGCUCUUUGGUGCCUUUGCCUGCAAGGCAGUGCACUUUCUCAUCUACCUCACCAUGUAUGCCAGCAGUUUCACCCUGGCAGCUGUCUCUGUGGACAGGUAUCUGGCUAUCCGUUACCCCCUGAAAUCCCGGGAUCUCCGGACCUCUCGCAAUGCAGCUCUUGCCAUUGUAAUGAUCUGGACGCUGUCGCUGCUUUUUGCAGGGCCGUAUCUCAGCUACUACCAAAUAGUCCACUACCAGGAGGUGCCCAUCUGUGUCCCGAUUUGGGAGGACCAGCGCCGCAAGAUCUUGGACAUCCUCACCUUCAUAUUUGGCUAUGUCCUCCCAGUCUUUGUUGUCAGCCUGGCUUACGCCAGGACCAUUAAAUUCUUGUGGACCACUGUAGAUCCCAUUGAGAGGAUCUCGGAGUCCCGUAAAGCAAAGCGCAGGGUCACCAAGAUGAUCAUUGCGGUGGCCGUCCUCUUCUGUCUGUGCUGGCUGCCCCACCACCUAGUGAUCUUGUGCUUCUGGUUUGGCUAUUUCCCCUUUAACCGGGCCACCUACGCCUGCCGCUUGGCUUCCCAUUGCCUGUCCUAUGCCAAUUCUUGCCUCAACCCAAUUGUCUACGCUCUCAUCUCCAAGCACUUCCGCAAGAGAUUCAAGCAGGUCUUCACCUGCCUCCUCAUCCAGGACAAGAAGAAGAAGCGAGCAGGCAACAAGGUCCAUGUAGCCAAUGUCAACAAUGGUUUAGCCAACCAUACAGCAGUCUUCUGUGGAGGGAACACUGAGGUAACCCAACUCCAUGAGGAAAAUAUCCGAUGCUACCAGGGCCUGUUGCUGAAAGAAACUGGAGGGGGAGUGCCCGAGGCAUGGUCUCAUCAGUUAGAAGACACAGCCAUCUCGGAUCAGAGAGCGCUAAUGAAUGAAGAAGGUUCUGGGGCAACUGACAACAAUCAACUGGCUGUGACAACACAUGAGGGACUGUAACCUACUAAUUAUCCAUGGCAGAUUAUCCUAUCCCCAUCAGCAUCAGAUGUGGAAUGGGUUGGCUUUAGAUGGCUUUUUUCAAAACACACAAACUACCAGAAUUUCUCAAUGAGAAUGUCAACGUUUCCCAGCUGAGAAUGCCUUUUAAUGGUUCCAAUUACACCCUGUCCUUGGGUAAUGGCUACAAAAACUAUUAAUGAAGCCACCAAAUGGUUGUAGAAAUAAGGGGCGCAUAGAGAUGUACCCAGCAGUGAAGGGAUGGUCAGUUGGGUCAGAGAAUUUAUUAAUGUCUCUUGACAAGAGUGGGUGGUCCCAGACCGGUUAACGGCGAUGGCGGUAAAACAUGAAAAAGCCAUCCCUAGAUCUGGAAGAUCUAGCUGAAUAAUUACAAACUGGUGGCAAACAGCCUCUUUCUCGGCAAAGCUCUUCAGCGGGUAGUUGCUGACCAGUUCCAGGCAUGCUUGGAUGAGACUGCUUUUCUGGAUCCAAUUCAGUCAGGUUUCAGGCACUGAAACAACAUUGGGCACCUUUAUCAGGAGAGAGAUGGGCAAAAAGGGUGAUGCUGUUGUUUUCCUUGAACUCUGGUUUGCUUUUGAUACCAUUGAGCAUGGUAUCCUUCUGGACCUCCUGUCAGAAUGGAAAGGGGUGUCACUUUUUGUGGCAGUUCCUCUCCCGUUUGGGUGGUCCACUCCAAAAAGUGAUGCUUAGAAUUAUUGUUCAGUUCAUUGUGGGCUUUCACAGGGAUUCCCCCCCCCAUGGAUUUACUGAAUCAGUGCCUGACUGCAGUAAACAACUGGAUGAGGGAAAACAACUGAAACUCAAUCCAGCUUUUCAGAGAUACUGCUACUAGGUGGUUCCUUGGUCCAGGUAGGUGAUGUGCAACUGGUUCUCCCCACUUUAUAAUCAGAUGCACAGAUUGGGGAGAUUCCUUGUUCCAUUCAUGGACGUAGGCAGGGGGGCAGGAGGGGGCAGCUGCCCCCCCAGAAGCAAAAAAUUAAUGUAUUUUACAGGCCAUAACCAGCACUUUCCCCCUCCAAAAACUGAAGUGGAAAGGGCUUUGCUUUAGCGAGAACAGCUUGGUCUCCGCUUGCUGGGGGGGGGCAGGAACACAGCUGUAACAAAAACACAUCAAAAAAAUAAAGCAAAGUGGCUACCGGUAGUUAAGCAGUUAAGACAAUGGAGCAGAUUGUCUAUUGCCUUUCAGGCAAGAUUUGAUAGCUGACCACUUCACCCUAUUGUUCUUCAGUGGGAGUUGUUAAUUCGCAUUAAGAGUUCUAUUGGCGAUUUAAUGAGGAUGCAUUGACUAAGGUGGCUCUGCAAGGCUAAAAGGAAGUGAAUAAGAAAAGGGGGGCUGUAGCUUUGAUAGACACAGUGAUGUUUAUAAAAAGCAGUGGUGUUCCAGUCUGCCCCUCCUCCUGCAUCUGUACACUGUAACUCAAUAAG